CUCUGAUGGAAAUGAAAUCAAACCAUAUCCGCUCAGCAAAACCCCAGACUGCAGUAUUCCGGGGAAUGAUUGGGCACAGCAUGGUUAAUAGCAAGAUCCUUCUUCUUCAUAAGCCUCGUGUGUGGUGGGAGCUGGAAGGUCCCCUGGUUCCUCUCCAUCCCGAUUGCCUUGCCAUCGUUAACAAUUUUGUCUUCUUGUUGGGGGGAGAGGAACUUGGGCCUGACGGUGAAUUUCAUGCAUCUUCUAAAGUAUUCCGAUAUGAUCCACGUCAAAACAGCUGGCUGCGAAUGGCAGACAUGUCUGUGCCACGGUCAGAAUUUGCUGUCGGAGUCAUUGGUAGAUAUGUUUAUGCUGUGGCUGGAAGGACGUGGGAUGAAACCUUUUACUCCACAGAGCGAUAUGAUAUCAUAGAAAAUAAAUGGGAGUUUGUCGACCCUUACCCUGUCAACAAAUACGGCCAUGAAGGGACUGUUCUUAAUAAUAAAUUAUUCAUCACAGGGGGCAUUACCUCCUCUUCAACUUCCAAACAGGUGUGUGUGUUUGACCCAAGCAAAGAGGGGACUGUGGAACAAAGAACCAGAAGAACACAGGUUCUAACAAACUGCUGGGAAAAUAAGUGCAAAAUGAAUUACGCUAGAUGUUUCCACAAGAUGAUUUCUUACAAUGGCAAACUCUAUGUCUUUGGUGGCGUCUGCGUUAUUUUAAGGGCUUCGUUUGAAUCGCAGGGCUGCCCCUCUACAGAAGUUUAUGAUCCUGAUAUGGAUCAGUGGACUAUUUUGGCGUCCAUGCCAAUAGGUAGGAGUGGUCAUGGAGUAGCCGUGCUAGACAAUCAAAUCAUAGUGCUCGGUGGCCUGUGUUACAAUGGCCAUUAUAGUGAUUCCAUCUUAACCUUUGAUCCAGAGGAGAAUAAAUGGAAAGAGGAUGAGUUUCCCAGAAUGCCUUGCAAGCUGGAUGGUUUACAAGUAUGCAGCCUGCAUUUUCCAGAAUACGUUUUAGAGCAUGUGAAACGUUGCACAUAAAAAUAAUCAACUCUUGUUUUUAGCAAUUUUUUUAUAAAUGUCUUGAGCUACUCGGAUCUUGUGCUAGUCCCAUAGCUAAAGGCAGGUUCUCAUGGCAGUGACCAGUUGGGUUUCUUUGUUAUCUGACAGCAUUAUAUGAAUCGGGAGACCCAUUGUGAACUUGGCAGACUUGGGGUUUCCAUGCCAGGUCUGACUAAGCUUUGUUUUUUAUUUAAAUACAUUCUGUCCAUUUUACAACCUCUCGUCUUUUAUUCCUCUGCAGCUGAAUCCUCUGUUUC